UGGCUGGGGGUCCAUUUUAACUCCAGACUCUCCUUCAGGAAAUACAUAGAAGUAAUAACUAAAAAGGCCCUCAAAACAGCAAAUUUCCUUAAGUCACUUAAUAAAACACAGAAGGGCUCUCCCCCAAACGCAGUCGCACUCACAGCUAAAGCCUACGUCACCCCAGUAGCUCUAUACAGUAUAGAGGCCUAG